UCAAGACGUACCGUGCCAGGACCAACACCGAGUAGUACUGAAGUGGCAUCGUGCAGCGACCGACUACAUUCAUGCAAACUUUGUGGGGACACCUGUCUCAGAACGUCGCUUCAUACUUACGCAAGUGAGUUCAAGUUUUGUACCAUACUUGUAACCAGUAGAAUGAUUGAAAUAGAUGAUCACCUAAACGAUUUAGGGACCGUUGGAAGCGACAGUGAACGAAUUUUGGCAUAUGGUGGCGCAAGAAGAAGCAGAAACAAUUAUAAUGCUGUGUAA